AUUCAUUUGAGAUGCGUAGUCCAUAGAAAUAAAUUUCUUUUUCCCGGUGAAGAUUGUUUCUGUGCUUGCAAUGAUCAAAAUGUCGUUCAACGAUGAUGCCGUUCAAUUGACUAAUGAUGACGCUUCUUCUUGCAAACUUUCUGCAGUUCAAAGAGGCUACUGGAAAGAUUCUUACAUAUCGUUUUUUUAUGAAAAUCCUGAGCGAAAAUCACCAGAGAUAAGUAUUGGAUAUUACACAAGAGUCCAUUCCGUGAGAUAUUUGCUGAAAGAGUUUAUAAAAAAAACAGAAGGCAAUUGCCAAAUUGUAAAUCUAGGAGCUGGCUACGACACAACCUAUUGGAAUUUGAAAGAUGACUCUUUAACCCCAAAGUCUUUUAUUGAAGUAGACUUUCCAGCUGUUACAAUGAAGAAAUGUCGAAUAAUUAAAGAGCAAAUGGACCUGCUUGAGAAAUUACAAUCAGAAGAGGACGACAUUCAGCUUAGCAGGACCGAAAUCCAUUCGAACGAUUACCAUUUGGUUUCGGCUGAUAUAAGGGAAUUGAAACAGCUGGAAGCCAAACUACAAUCCUGUCGAAUAGAUACAAAUCUACCAACCGUCUUUAUAACUGAAUGCGUUCUAGUCUACUUGGAUAUGGAAUAUUCAGAUCGGUUAUUGAAAUGGAUUAGCACGAAAUUCCCAACAUCAGCUUUCAUUAACUACGAGCAAGUGAAUAUGGAAGAUAGAUUUGGUGAAGUUAUGAUAGUUAAUUUAAAAAGAAGAAAUACAGAAUUGCGGGGAGUUGAAGCCUGUCAAAGUGUUGAUACACAGAUUAACCGAUUUAAGAGAAAUGGAUGGAAGAAUGUUGAGUGUCUUGAGAUGACUAAUGUUUAUCGUAAUUUAUCGACAUCUGAAAAACAGAGGUUAGAAAAACUGGAGAGAUUUGAUGAAAAGGAUCUAUUAGAUCAAUUGCUAGAGCAUUAUUGUUUAAUGUGGGCCAACAGCGAUUCAAAUUCUGUCAACUUGUCGGAUGUUACUAUUACAGAUUUUACAUAA